AUGUCAUUCCAAAAGGGUUCACGUUUUGCGGCAGAGAAAAUUUCCAAUGUUCCGGGACCAAAUAUCUACAGCCUGCCAGAAGAUGCAAACAAACGAGGUUCAUUGGAGAAAACCGAUCGUUUCUCAAAGGAAAAGGUAUCCAACUUGAAUGUCCCAGGACAAGGUUCAUGCAACCCUGUGCCGAGAGCUGUGCAGAAAACAUUCGCCGCUAAACAUGCAAGCGACGAUCGAUACGCAACACUAUUGAAGAAACUAGAAGACUUGGAAAAAGUGCAUGCUGAUGGUAAGAAGGCGCAUCAAAUCGAAAUCGAGCGCUAUAAGUUCGAAGUCGCUCGUCUUUCGAAGAGCAACUUGGAGCAGGGUGAGAGAUUGGACAAGCUCAAGAAACAUAACGAAAUACUCGAAUCGCGAAUUCAAGAGUACAAGAAGACCAAUACUGCUGAUCAAAGCGAGCUGAAGGAGCUACGUGUCAAACUUCGCAUGUCCGAACAUGAGCGCACACAGCUCGUCAGCAAGCUGGGGGAGAGCAGCGAGACGAAGAAAGCACUGCAAAGUCUUGAGGCAAGGAGGAAAGACGAAGUUCGGGAACGUGAGAGGAAGAUCGCAGAAUUAGAAAAGGCGGCAUCUGCAGAGAGGAAGAAGAGUGAUUUGCUGGAAAGCUAUGUCAACGAGUUGAAAGGGAAGACGGGUGAAGAAGCACGGAAAUCACGCGACAUGAUGACGACAAUCCAAGGAAAGCUUGACGCAGCUAACAAGGAUUCCCAAGAUACACGCCAAGCGCUUACAUCUCUACGAGGGCGAGCCGAGAACCAAGAGAGCAAUUUUGCAGCGCGACUAGACCAAUGCCGUUCUGUCCUUUCACGUGUUGCGGAGGAGUAUGGCCGCUUGGCUACAACAACCGUCGCUGCAUCUAACCAUGCCACACUCGUGAAGGACCAUACCGCACUUCAAUUACGUUCAUUCCGAUUGGAACGAAAGCUGGCAAACUCAGAAGGCCAAGUCGUUGAGCUUGCAAACCUUGUCCGCCACACUCAGGAAGAGAAUACACUUUUGUGUCAAGAACUACGCGACGCUCGGGAAGAAGCGGCUUUCCACUUGCAAACCUUGCAGAAGAACCAAGCUGCCUUCGAUAGUUGUUCGUACCACACCGAGCUUCAUGAACUCCUUUGUCUGGAGGGAGACAUCCACCAGGACGAAAGAGACAUAUCUAGAGAAACUAUGGUGGUCCAGGAAAGUGCUUUGGUGUGCACUAGGACUAUGUCCGACUUCUAUCGCUCUCACAAUGACGAGCUACUUCCAGAGUAUUCUCGCCUUCAUGGCAUCCUCGAGAAGCAGCAUGAAAUUGGCCGUGCACUCAUCGACCAACUUGGUCGUAACUCAACCGAACGGGAUGCUCUACGGGCCGAGCUCACCAAAGCACAGAUUGAAAUCACUACUGGACAACGUGCUCUGGCUGAUGCCCAAAUUUCUUUAACGGAAGGUCGUGCAGAACAACAUAUGUUGCAGCGUCGAUUGGAAGAAUUUGAGAAUAAUAUACGAGACACAGCAGCGAGUCACAAACAAGCUUUGCGGGGGGAGCGCGACACUUCUCAGAAGUUGUCUGUUGCACUCCACGUCAGCAAAACAGCCGAGGACGCUCUCAAGGCUGAUAUCGAGCAGCUGCAGGCAGAGUUGGCAGAUUUGUCACGCUUCCAGGAAGCAUACUAUAACUUGGUGGAUGAGACUGAAGCACUAGUUGCGAGAAACAACCUCGCAGAGGAAGAGGCCGAAAAUCUCAGCAAAUUUAAUGCUGAGAUCCUUGGCCAUAACAAUCCUGUGCAGAGAAUUCUAUACGUGGACAGGAUUCGUCGGGAGCUCUCCGAGGUCAAACAAAAACUACUCGUGUGUACCCGCGACCGGGACGCCAUAUCUGCAGUGAACGAAGAUUUACUGCAUGAAAUCAUGAUGUACAAGUCCGUCGCGAUACCAGAAGACAACAAGCCUCGGACGAAUUUAACCCGUGUGACACGACCUCCCCUCACGAGCCAGAGCAUAAAUAUUGUGGCAGUGACUCCCAUCCCGCCUUGUGUUUCGUCAGAUGCAUUGAUUAAAGCAACCGUUCUAGAACACAUACCAGGAGAUAUGACUUUGGAUGAACUGAUAUGA